CCUCCCUCUCUCUCUCUCUCUCUCUCAGACACACUCUCAGUCGCCGUGCUCUGACGGAUGGAGAUACACUGCCUGGGAGGACUUAAGGGUAAGAAGAGAAGUGCUUUUUCUUUCUCCUCCGCCUGGCUUCCCGCGCGAGCUGUCGAUCCCUGCCUCGGUCCUGAGGAUGAGGAGGUUCUAUUUGUGAGGAAGGCGCAGCAAAGGAGGAGGAAACAAGGAGCAACAGGGUGGUGAAUUCUUGCGGGAGUGAGCGAGAAGACCUUUUUUUUAUUUUUCCCCCAGGCUCGAGCAAAGGAGUCCCGACGGCGGGCAGCAGCCAUGUGAGACGAGCUGUCCACACGUAGAGGAUGCUCACGCCCAGCUAAAGAAGAGCCUCCUUUCCUCCCUACCUACCUCCUUACCUCUCGCUCCCUCCCUCCUUCCCACAUGAGGACGGGAAGAUGACUGUCACCAGCAGACAGUCCUUCAAUGUCCUGACGGUCAUCUUCCUCUUGCUGUCCACUGCAGCCCUCUCCGCUCACUACCGGGUGUGUGAACCCUACUCGGACCACAAAGGGGGUUAUCACUUCGGCUUUCACUGCCCUCGCCUCUCGGACAACAAGACCUACAUGUUCUGCUGCCACCACAACAACACCGCCUUCAAAUACUGCUGCAACGAAACAGAGUUCCAGAUCAUCAUGCAGGUCAACCUCACAACCACCUCAGACGGUUAUGCACACAAUAAUUACACGGCCCUCGUCGGCGUGUGGAUCUACGGCUUCUUCGUCCUGGUGCUGCUGGCGCUGGACUUCCUCUACUACUCGGCCAUAAACUACGAGCUGUGCCGGGUCUACCUGGAGAAAUGGGGCCUGGGGGGCCGCUGGCUGAAGAAGGCCCGCAGCCAGUGGCACAGGUCCCUGCCCGCGGAGGAGAGCGAGGCCCAGGGCGCCGCCCAGCCCGUGGUCCCUAGCCACUACCAGCCCAGGCACAGCCUGCGAGGGGAGAGCCACAGCCCCACGCUGCUGCCCUACAACACGUCCACCGCGUGAGUGAUUCUGCAAGUGGACAAAGUGGAGAGUAGCAACACCUGGUUUCCUUACGCGGUGCAGAGGAGAGGCCCCCACGGACGCCCCCUCUCUGGACCACAGACAAAAACACCAGUGGCGGGCCAGCCAUACCCGUAGAACUUAGAAGAGACUACUGCCCUUUCCAAAUGAGCACAGCCGCGAACCGGCAGCAGCAGCAGCAGGCCGGCGUGGCAUUUAGACGCCCCGCCGAGGGCAAGAGGCUGCCAGGAGACACGCAGGACGGUCCUGCUGCCGCUGCCGCUGCCGCAGAGGAGCGACACACUCGGAAGCCAACAGGUGUCCGGUGAUCCUCUGAAGAGACUGCCAAGGCCCCCUCCCCCCCCUCCCCC